GGAUAUCCUUGGUCCCGUUGGCCAACCCUAUCCGAUAGCGGUGAUCCUCGUGCUUGACAUCAUUAUCCUUGGAUGCUGCGGAGCGCCAACGCGGUCCGAUCAUACUUCGUCGCAAGCGUCUUCGUAGUUCGGUCUCUUCCGAUACCGCUACGUUUCCUUCUCAUACCUUCGCCUCUUCUUCGCCUUCAGUUUCGUUUCGUUCGUAUUUAUCCAUCCACCGUUUGGUAAUCCAAGCAACAUACACUUAUUCAAUAAGUCUGUGAAAAUUGUGAUAGUGCGCGAAUUUGUUGUUUACGAUGGGAUAAUAAUUCAUCGAUAAUAAACAUGAUUAUGAUGGUGAUCUAAUGACUUUCGACAUUAAAUUGUGGAUGGUAAAUUAAUGUGACUAAAGAAUAGCAUAAUCCGUUUGGUGAAAAAUACACGAUGAAUUAGUUUUUUAUAAUAACUUUGACAGUGAUGAACAGAUUUGAUGACUACGGUGAAGAAGAAAAACUGAUUGGAUAUAUUUAGCUGACCGCCGUUUUUGAGGAAAAAAUUUGUGAUAAGUGUUUAUGUAAAUAACAUAACGUUUUAAAAGAACUCGAAUUUAUUCGCUGUGAUUCUUUAUCGCAUUUAAGAUAAUUAGAAAGUUUUUUUUAAAGCUAAAUUAAUAUCUGUGUUAAAUAACGAAAAAGAUUAAUAAACAGUUAAUACUAACUGUUUUCUGACGACUAUAUGGUUCAACAGUGUUAUUCAUAGUGUCAAGAAAAUAUUGAGGAAAAAUAACAGUUUCAAAAGAACAUUUCAAAAUGGAGACGAGCGAUCCGUCGGGCAGACUAACGGCGGAAGACUUAUCGGAUUGCAUAAGUGACAGCAGCCAUUCGGAAUCUCAAUUAAGAGCAUUUCAGAGUUAUGAGCGUAUCAAGGAACUUAAUCUAUCCAUUGAUAAAACUAAAGAGGACGCAUCGACGGAGCCAAAGGAUUUUCAUCUUAGUCUCGAAGAUAGCGAUAGAACCCUUCGAUUCAAUGAGUUUCCAUGCGAAAACCCGACCAGAAAUCUGACUAUGACGUUGAAUAAGACCAAGGAUUUCGCUUACUCUCCCAAUAAUUUGACUGAGAUUAAUUAUUCGUUAGACAGAUCGAACGAGAAUGAAGAGUCAGCUGACGCCGUGACACUUUGCAGAUCAAAAAAUUCCAGCGCCAAGAACGUGCUGUUUAAUUUGCGCGAGACCAAGCAAAGGAGUCCCCAUGCGUCGUUAUCCUCCUUAGACAGGUACAGCAAGGAUCUCAAUUUCGUGGUGGAAAAGGAAAUGAAGGACUUCGGCCUGCUCAAGAACUAUAAUCUUGAUCGCAUGAAAGAGUUUAAUUUUUCUCUCGAUAGAAUGAGGGACACCCACAUUAGCAGUUUGGCCCUCGAAAGACUGCGCGGUGGUGCCGGUGUACUGGAAAAUUCGAGCAUGUUGGAUCACAAGGAAUUCAGAAACUUGCAAGUACAGCCGAGGAACCCCGAUCUCGAAGCCAUAGCUUUGGAGCGCAUGAGACGCUCGCAUCUGCUUGGCACGGAACUAUCCGCGCAAAACUUGUCGACGCAAGUACCGCAUCCGCACUCGAUCACGCACAUGCAGCAUUCUCAACAACAACAGCAGCAACAAGCGAAGUCUUUCACCAUCGACGCGAUUCUGGGCCUAAGAAACAAUCAGCGAGAAAAGCGAAGUCAACAGCAACAAUACAGAAAACACCAGGGUCAGGAAAGUUCGACAAAAAACGGCAGUUCAAGUUCCAAUUCUGGUGGGGGCGGCAAAGUGAAGAGGGUACGAACAAUUUUCACGGCGGAGCAAUUGGAACGUCUGGAAGGUGAAUUUGCGCGUCAGCAAUACAUGGUGGGCCCCGAAAGAUUGUACCUGGCUCACGCACUCCGAUUGACCGAGGCUCAAGUUAAGGUGUGGUUCCAGAAUCGCCGCAUCAAGUGGCGAAAAUUGCAUCACGAGCAACAGAGCCAGAGAGUGCAUGAGUUCCAGCGCACGUUGAAUUCUUCGUUGGAGCACGAAGACAGCAACGAAACCGACAAAUGGUGAAACAGA